GGAGAGGUCGAUGGAGAUGUUGAAGCGGUUACAGGAGGAAAAAGUAGUGGUAGAACUAGAUGAAGAAGACGAAGUACUCAUCAAAUCAAUAACUUUUAGAAACUCGAAAGAUUAUGUUAAACGGAUCAAAAAGGUCGACGACGACGAUGAAGAUUUUGCUAUACCAGGACAGUCAAGUGUCACAUCAAAGGCGAGGUUUGUGCUCCGGAAGGGAUCCAGCCUACGCAUCGAGGUGCAGCCAACCGGCGACAUGGUCAUGUGCGCCACAGCCAAGGGGUGCAGGUGCAUGACUCUGCUUCUCUCUCUGCCUACACGUUUGUUCCCUGUUCUUGAGGUCCGGUGCGGGCAUGCGCCAACUAGCAACUCGGAGAGGAGCUUUGGCGGCCAAGGCGGGGAGCUUGUACAUGGGUUCCUGGAGGUUGUACUAAUGAAGAAUACAAGCAAGCCGUCGAUUGCUGCAAUUGGGCGGCAGGGAAGAUCGGAGUCAGCCAGUGUGACGGUUGUCAAGGCAACAAUAACCUUCUAA